UCGCUUUCUUUCUUCUCCUCUUCCAUUUUCCGAUAUUCGUCUCUCAUCUCAUCCUCUCCUCCCCCUCUUAUACCUAAUCACACCGCAGCCUCCUCUCUCCAUCACCAUCACUAUCGAGAUCGUGAUCUCGAUUUCCCUUUAGACCUCCAAAUCUUAUACGAUUUGAUCCCUAACGUAUAUACGCGAUGCUUCGUUUGUGCUACAGGCCGCUGGAGCGUUGUUUUGGAUGGCGAGGAUGCGGUGGCGGCGGCACCGGUGGCGAUGGCCUGUUGUGGCACUCUGACUUGAAGCCUCAUGCCUCUGGCCACUACUCCAUCGCCGUCGCUCAGGCCAAUUACAGUCUCGAAGAUCAGAGCCAAGUCUUCACGUCUCCCUCCGCCACCUACAUCGGCGUCUAUGAUGGUCACGGUGGACCCGAAGCUUCCAGAUUCGUCAACAAACGCCUCUUCCCUCAUCUACAGAAGUUUGCUUCUGAACAAGGUGGAUUGUCCGUGGAUGUGAUAAAAAAGGCGUUUAAGGCCACUGAGGACGAAUUUUUGCAUUUGGUGAAGCGAACAUUGCCUAUGAGUCCCCAAAUUGCUUCAGUAGGAUCAUGCUGUCUUCUUGGUGCAAUUUCUGAUAAUAUGCUGUAUGUUGCAAACCUUGGAGACUCUAGAGCUGUUCUUGGCCGGCGAGAUUCAGAGAGCAAAAAAUGCUCAGUGGUGGCAGAGCGGUUAUCAACAGACCAUAAUGUGGCCUUCGAGGAGGUGAGGAGGGAGGUGGAGGCCCUCCAUCCUGACGAUUCACACGUUGUGGUUUAUAGCCGUGGAGUUUGGAGGAUUAAAGGCAUUAUCCAGGUGUCAAGAUCCAUUGGUGAUGUGUAUCUCAAGAGACCUGACUUUUACAGAGACCCGGUUUUUCAGCAGUUUGGAAACCCAGUUCCUUUGAAGCGUCCAGUAAUGACAGCUGAACCAUCAAUCCUUAUUAGGGAGCUUGAGUCGGAAGAUUUAUUCUUGAUAUUUGCAUCAGAUGGCCUUUGGGAACAAUUAAGUGAUCAAGCAGCAGUUGAGAUUGUUUUUAAGCAUCCAAGAGCCGGAAUCGCCAAGAGAUUGGUAAGAGCUGCUCUGCAAGAAGCUGCAAAGAAGAGAGAGAUGAGAUAUGAUGAUAUAAAGAAAAUUGACAAGGGAAUAAGAAGACAUUUCCAUGACGAUAUCACUGUUAUCGUUAUAUAUCUUGAUCACCACAAUGGUUCCCCUUAUGAUAGAUCUAAACCAAAUACUGUUGGCUGCACUAGUGCCCCUGUGGAUAUUUUCUCCCUCAAUGCAGAUGAGUCAGAACAGAGCAUGCUCCGUUCGGUUGCUUAAGGAGCAAAGUUCAAUAUAAAUUAAAAUACGAAGAUGGAUAUUGUUGGUGGAUGGGAUUCAUGAAAAGAAGGGUUCAAGUUAAGUUACUGCAUAGAUAGUAACUGAAGGUUUUCUACAGAUUUUGCUAUUGCAGAUAGCACAUGUAUAGUUUCGAAGCCCCUUUUCUGAUUACAGAUAUCUCAGUUUUGUUCUUUCUGAAAAAAGAGAAUAAAGUCUGUAUUGAUUAGUCAGUCAUGAUAUCAAUCUCGUUCCGGAAGAUAUUUUUGGGGUAACGUAUGGUGCAUGUACAUAUAAUGAUUGAGAUUUUAUUUACACGUCAAGUUGGCAGAAUUAGACUAUAUAUCACUGUAUGUGCAUACACCAUACAGCACCCGAGAAUUUUCCCCAAGUCCAGUGUUUAGUCAUGAAGGCCAAUGGUGUGAUGAGCUUUGAUGGUGUCUGAAUUUUCCCGCGGAGCACUAAAGCCGCAGGAAUUAUGGCCAUAAUCUUGAUUUGCCCCAUUUCUCCACAUUGUAGAAGUUCUGACCGGUCAAAUUUGUGACCUUAAUUUACGGGAUAUUGAUUUCUUUUAUUUUUUUUAAUUUAUAUUGUUGAAUAAUCAGGACAUGAGUGGAAAGAUUUCAUCCCAUUAAUUGGUGGGAUUUUUGUU